CCACCCCCCGCUUGGCUCCGCCGCUUUCUCGCAUGAAUCUCCUCGACCCCUUCCUCAAGAUGACCGAAGAGCAGGAGAAAUGCCUGUCCGGCGCGCCCAGCCCCACCAUGUCGGAGGACUCGGCCGGCUCGCCCUGCCCGUCGGGCUCCGGCUCGGACGCCGAGAACACGCGGCCGCAGGAGAACACCUUCCCCAAGAGCGACGGCGACCUGAAGAAGGAGAGCGACGAGGACAAGUUCCCCGUGUGCAUCCGCGAGGCCGUGAGCCAGGUGCUGAAGGGCUACGACUGGACGCUGGUGCCCAUGCCCGUGCGCGUCAACGGCUCCAGCAAGAACAAGCCGCACGUCAAGCGGCCCAUGAACGCCUUCAUGGUGUGGGCGCAGGCGGCCCGCAGGAAGCUGGCCGACCAGUAUCCCCACCUGCACAACGCCGAGCUCAGCAAGACCCUGGGCAAGCUGUGGAGGCUACUGAAUGAGAGUGAGAAACGACCAUUUGUGGAGGAGGCUGAGAGGCUUAGGGUGCAACACAAAAAAGACCAUCCAGACUAUAAGUACCAGCCCCGGAGAAGAAAAUCUGUCAAGAAUGGGCAGGCUGAGCAGGAGGAAGGAUCUGAGCAAACCCACAUCUCUCCUAACGCCAUCUUCAAGGCCUUGCAGGCAGAUUCUCCCCAGUCUUCAUCCAGCAUGAGUGAAGUGCACUCCCCUGGGGAGCAUUCUGGCCAAUCUCAAGGGCCACCCACCCCUCCUACAACCCCUAAAACAGAUGUCCAACCUGGAAAGCAGGACCUGAAGCGAGAAGGACGCCCCCUGCCAGAAGGAGGGAGGCAGCCCCCUCACAUUGACUUCCGAGACGUAGACAUUGGGGAGCUCAGCAGUGAUGUCAUCUCAAACAUUGAGACCUUUGAUGUCAAUGAAUUUGACCAGUAUCUCCCACCCAAUGGCCACCCAGGUGUUCCAGUCACCCAUGGCCAACCUGGCCAAGUCACUUAUACUGGCAGCUAUGGAAUCAGCAGCACAACAGCUACGCCAGCAGGUACUGGUCAUGUCUGGAUGUCUAAGCAACAGCCACCAUCUCAGCAGCCACCGUCCCAAGCUCAGCAGCAAGCAUCACAGCAACAACAGCAUACACUAACUACCCUGAGUAGUGAACAGGGGCAACCUCAGCAGAGGACACACAUCAAAACUGAGCAGCUCAGUCCCAGUCAUUACACCGAGCAGCAGCAGCAUUCUCCUCAGCAGAUCAGCUACACUUCCUUCAACCUCCAGCACUACAGUUCCUCCUACCCAACUAUCACUCGUUCCCAGUAUGACUACACAGACCACCAGAGCUCCAAUUCCUACUACAGCCAUGCAGCCAGCCAGAGUUCCAGUCUCUAUUCAACAUUCACCUACAUGAACCCCACCCAGAGGCCAAUGUACACACCGAUUGCAGACACUACAGGGGUGCCUUCCAUUCCUCAGACCCACAGCCCACAACACUGGGAACAGCCCGUCUACACACAGCUCACAAGGCCAUAAGACUUUGAAAGAUGGUCAGACUUCCUCAGACUUACAAAAGACAUUUAAGCUAAAAGUGAAUGGAUGGGGGGGAGGAAAUCCCAGAAUGCCUUGUGCACUACAGCAUCUUUUUGAAAGUAGCCAGACCAUUUUUUUCUCAUUAUGCAAACAAUGGACUUAAAGCUCUAAUUUGAUGGUUUUGUUUUUCACACAUCUGACUUAGUUUGCCUAGGCAUGGACUUGAUAAUUAUUUUUUAACUAUGACUAAAAAUGGGAAAUGAACUUUUUUUUUUUUUACAAAACUCAAAAGUAUUCCUCUGUGAGGAAUAUUCUCUAUUUUAAAUAUUUUUAGUAUGUACUGUGUAUGAUUCAUUACCAAUUUGAGGGGAUUUGUAUGUAAUUUACUUGUUUUUAGAUAAACUUAAAAAUAAUGCUUUCUUCUCCUGUCAACACUUUAAACAAGACUUCGCAGAAUGAUAUGCCUUAGACUCCUCCCUUGUGGUCAGAGGUAUUUUUAUAUAGUUAAUUGCCUUUUUCUCGUAGAAAGCAACAACAUGUGCAUUAAGUCAAAGAAAAAAAAUGCCGACACUAGCCAGUGGUCAGUUGCACAAUGUGACAAAGGGGAUUUGGAAAGAGACUUUAUUUUUCUCGCUUGGAAGCAAAUGUUGUUUUGAAAAAGAAAACAUUAAAGGAAUAAAAAAAAAACACCAUGAGCCUUAAAGUAACAUAAAUGAAAGGCCUUAAGACCAGCCCAGUGAUAGCCCUCAUCGAGGCCUGCACAAUUCCCUCACUCAGUGCCAAGGGAAGAUGAUAGGAUUCUGAAGGAAUCUCCCAUUUUUUUAGGUCCACCUGAUGCUUUUGUUGCAACAGCCAGCAUCAGCAAAACACCAGGAUGCCUUACCCCAAAGUCCCCUGUUUCACCUUCCAGUACUGGACCCCAUCCCCAGCUGCCAACAGUCCAAACUCCAUCCUUCCCAUUUUCUUGCAAAUUCCAUAGGGAACAGAGAUUACACAUUCAGUGAGCUUCUUUGUACUUGUAUGUGUGUUUUCUUUAAAAAGAGGCAGAGGAAUAUCAGCUUUAGCAAGGUUCACUUGUGAUGGCAUCACAUUUUUUUUUUAAAAAAAAUAUAUCUAAAUAUAUAUUUAUUUUGUGAAAAAGAGGUUUUUUUAAUCAAGAAUUUUUCUUUCAUAUUCCCCUUCCACAUUAAUGUAAGCAGAAAUGCUGGAGCCUUACUCAGAUGGAAUAUGGUGCCUAAUAGUUAAAUUAUGGUUUAAAAUCAAUAACUCCUUUUAUUUAUCUAUCUCAUUUCUCUUUCAUAUUAUUAUUAUUAUUAUUUUAUUCCUUCAGAAUGUGUUUUAGGUUUGUGCAGAUAUGUCUGCUUUCUCUUGUUCCUUUCUCUUUAGAAAUAAACUGAAUUCCUCCCCCCCCCUUCUCUCUCUCUCAGUGUACAAACAAAUGAUUGCAAAUGUAGUAUCACUGAAUAAUUUGCCUUGUUUUCUGCCUCAGUUCUUCCAGACACAUGAAUCAGGCUUGGUCUGUGCAUGGAACAAAAUGAAGUGGCAGUGUCUUGAAGUGAUAGAACAGAUGGUAUCAUUAAAGAGUCCAAACUGGGGAGUGCCACUUCUGUUGAAAAAAAAAAAACAUGUCCUAAUGGAGAACAUUUUUUAAAAAAAUUGGGUUGCCAUGGCCCCCUGACCACUGGUGGGGUAGGGUUGCGAGAUCCAGGCUGGGAAACUCUUGGGGAUUUGGGGAUGCAGCCUAGGGAGGCCAGGGACCUCAACAGAGUACAACAUCAUAGAGUCUGCCCUCUAAAGGGUCCACCUUCUAAAGUAUUCAUUUUCUCCAGGGGGACUGAAUUCUGUAGAUGAAGUGUAAUUCCAGUGGAUCUCCAGGUCCCACCUGGGGAAUGGCAUCCCUAAAUUCCAGCACUAUCCUUGACGGCCUGAUAUGGUACAGUCCACAAUCAAGACCCUGUCCUCUCAUUCUGUUUGAAGUGUAGGCCUUGAUCUGUCAAAAUAAAAAUAAAUAAAAACAACAGUUGGUGCUGACCCCCAAGCACUGCUGCUGGGCAAGCCGCCUCCUUUUCCAUAGGAUUUGACAUGUCCAUGGGGGCUUCUGCUAGUCCCUCAAAAGCACAAUGGAAAUGAAUGGAAACUGUGGAGCCUCUGUGUUUGAUGGCUAGCCUCCAGUGUGCUCUGCUAACUUUCAUCUUUUUGAUGAUAUUUGGCUGCAGGGAAGGUUACAAGGAAGCCAACAGUAGUGAAGCUGGGGCUGAACAGUUAAGGAUUGCUUUUUUAAAAAGAUAGGCAACUUUUUAUUUAAAAUAUAUAUUUGUUAACAGGUUUUUUUUUGUAGGGAAUUCAGUAGAAGAAAAAUUUAAAACACUUGUAAUAUGAUAUAUUUUCUAUUUCUGUAUAAAAAAAGCAGAUCUUUUAAAAGUAUUUCUGUAACUUAAAAGACUUGUCCUUUGAAAAAUUCAGUUUUAGUUAAGGGUUUUUUGUCUUUUUUUCCAGCAAAAUCCUUUGGCUCUCUUUGUAAACUUAACUUUUUUUGUAUAUUAUUGUUUGCAAUAAAUAUACAUUGUAUUAAACCUUAAA